CCAUGGCUCCCAAGACCGUGCUGAUCACCGGCUGCUCCUCCGGCAUCGGGCUGGCGCUGGCCGUGCGGCUGGCGAGGGACAAGCAGCGCCGCUUCCGAGUCAUCGCCACCAUGAGGAACGUGGGCAGGAGCGGGGCGCUGGCGGCGGCGGCGGGGCCGGCGCUGGGCCGGACGCUGGAGAUCAAACAGCUGGAUGUGUGUGACGAGGGCUCCAUCCGCGCCUGCCUCGACAGCAUCCCCGGGCGCCACGUCGAUAUCCUGGUCAGCAAUGCCGGGGUGGGCAUGGCGGGACCCCUGGAGUGCCAGAGCCUGGCGGCCAUGCAGACCCUCAUGGACACCAACUUCUUCGGCCUCGUCCGCCUGGUCAAGGAGGUGCUGCCCGACAUGAAGCGGCGCCGCGGGGGCCACAUCGUCGUUAUCAGCAGCAUCAUGGGCCUGCAGGGCAUCGUCUUCAAUGACAUCUACUCGGCCUCCAAGUUCGCCGUGGAGGGUUUCUGUGAGAGCCUGGUGGUGCAGGCGCUGCGCUUCAACGUGGCGAUCAGCCUGGUGGAGCCGGGGCCGGUGAUGACCGAGUUCGAGACGAAGUUGUACGAGGAAGCCGAACGCGCCGACUACUCACGGACCGACCCCGAGACGGCCGAAAUCUUCACCAAGCUCUACCUGAGGAACUCCAGGGAUGUGUUCACCAGCCUGGGCCAGACCCCCGAGGACAUCGCAGAGCACACCCUGCGGGUGAUCGAGGCGGCGCGGCCACCGUUCCGGCACCAGACCAACGUGGCGUACACACCCAUGGCCGCGCUCAAACACGCCGACCCCAGCGGCGCCCUCAUCACCGACGCCUUCUACAAGCUGGUGUUCAAGUACGACGCGGUGCUGCGCUUCGGCCUCCGCGCCAUCCGCCUGCUCCGGUGGCAGGCGCAGAAGGUCAAGGCGGGCGCCAGGCUCCUGGGCUUCAGAUAAGCCCUUGUGGCCACCGGGCACGGCCCAGCCCAUCCCGGGGACGGGGGCGAGAGGCCCGGGACCCGUGCAGGGUUUCGUUUCCUGUUCCCGGCCCGAAAUAGCUCCCGCCGCCGCCGCAUUAAAAUGGGGAGGGUAUUUAUAACCGGUGCCUGGUGAGCAAGGCAGAGCAGCUUCCUCCGGGAGUGCAGCGGCCGUGACGGGGCUGGGAAGGGCCGGCAGCUGCCCGCUGCCUGCCUCCUGCUCCCCUUGGGGCGCCUGCAGCCCCGACCGCGGGCAUGUGGCACCCAGGGGACCUCACCCCGUCACGCCCUGCUGCUGCAUCCUCCUCCCUCCAGGCACUGCUGAGGGGUCGGGAAUGUCGCACGGCGGGGGUCCUGUGUCGCCCCUGUCUGGCGCUGAGCCCUGGGGUGCAGGAGGUGUUGGGAGGGCCGAGAGCAGAGUGUGAGGGGAGUGCGGCGUGUUCAGAGGGGGCAUUUGGGGUGCAGAGGGGGUGCGGGGACCCGUGCACAGCGAGGGCGGGAUGUAUGGCAAAGACUGGGUGCAGAGGGGGUGCAGGGGAGCCCAGCAGCUCCCCGCCAGCUUCCGGCGGGUGACGGCGGGGUGGGUUCACCCUGGGCGCUGGCGUGCGGGCACUCGGUGUGACGGCGCCGGGAGGUGAGCGCAGAGGGAAACCACAGGAGGCCCGGCAUGAAUCAGCCCCGCUGCUCAGAAACCUUCCCGGCUCCCCCCGGCGCAGCCCCCGGAGCCCUGGAGGGACCCCCAGCCCCUGCUGGCAGGGCUGGAUGGAAGCGGCUGCAGCUCCGUGUGCCUCGCACGUGGCCUCUCCGAGCCCCGCCGGCUCCAGGGACCGCGGGGACAGGACGGAGGUGGGGAAGGAAAUAUUUUUGCAUUAUCCCCCCCUCUUCUCGCACGAGUUAAUAGCAAAGCGGCGGUGGGACCGUGGCCCCGGGGUGAUGGCAGCACCUGUGGGACGUGCAGGGGUGACAUCAAAGCGGUGACGGUGCCGCUGCCUCCCCCCCGCUGCGGUUUCUGCUGAUUUGACUAACUUUCUCCGUUUGGGGGGCAGGAUGGGGGUGGUGGUGGUGGGGGUGACUCUGCCCGGCCCCUGGGAACAAGGGGGGCCCCCGGCACAAAGCCACAGGUGUGGGAAACGGGGCUGAGGGAGGACCGGACUCCCCUCAUACACCCACGGUGACCCCCAGUGCCCAGGGGAGCUGCAAUGGGGCUGUUACUGGGUGAACUGGGGGGAGCAGGAUGAGCCCCAGCCCCGCUCCCAGCCCUGCUCGCGGCCGUCCCUGGCAGAGAGAGGGGAGAACGGGGAGCUGCUGUGAGUGAGGGGAUCCCCAAGCCGUGGGGAGCACCUGGGUUAUGUUUGAGGCUGAGGAGCAUCGCCUCCCACCUGGAGCAUCCUCCGUGGCCGUGGAGCAGCACUUGGAGCCCAGGACUAUCACCCCCAGCCCACCAUCGCCGCAGCCCCGCGGGUGCCGGAGCCGUGCGGCUUGGAAGUAGAUUCUUCUAAAAACAAUCGUCUGCUGGGACUUUCCUGUCGCCGGCAUGUGACAAUUGCCAGCCGCUCCCCGUGUCCUCGAUCCCCCGAGGAUUUCGCUGCCAGGUGCCGACUCGCUGCCAUGCAAAUGUGGCGCCAGAUAUAACCCGGCUGGAGGGGCUGGAGGGGCCGGUUCGGCGGCUCCCCGGGGGCUUCACUUCCCUCCCGGCACAGCGAGGGGGGCAUCAGGCGUGACACGAACGUGCUGCCCCCGUCGUGGUGCCCCGGUGACGGUCAGGGCCCUGUCCCGGUGAGAGCCCCGGGGCUGCGGAGCUCCCCCACGGCGGUGCCAGAGCUGGGGGCGCGUCCAGCGCCCCUUCCCGCUGUCGCUCAGCACACAGGCGGCUCUGCUCAUCCUCCUGCCCCCCGGAUUUGGGAACCCGACCCACGCGGAGGGUGGGAAAACGCCGCCGGGUCUCCGCCGGGCCGGCGCGGGGAGCGUGACUCAGUGCACGGCCGGGGAAUUGGGACACGGCGGAGGUGGUGGCAGUGACUCAGUCCUCCCUGUCCCCUCCCGGCACCGUCGGGUUUUGGGUGCUGGACCGCUCCCCGCGGGAGCAGGAGCCGCCGGGAUGCUCCAAGGAUGCAGACCAGCACCCGGAAGUUUUAUGGGAUUUUUUUUUGUGUGCGUUAAGGAAGCGUGUUUCAACACGACGACAGGAGAAACGGGUUCCUCUGUGCUCUAUCACGAUUACAGCUAUCAGCAGAUAAGGAUCUCUCUGUCACAACACCAACUGAAGGUUUCUGUAAGCCUUUUAAGGGGUUUGGCUCCAGGCAGGAGAAGGCUGAGGGGUUUUGGAUCGAACCGAUUCUUAUGAAGGGACAAAGCGGGAUGGGAAGACGCCGUGGGACUCGCUGUGCCCAGCCCCGAGCCUCCUCUGUCUCACCCAGCCCUGGAGUCUCCCGGCAGCAGCAUGGGAAAGACCCCUCAGCGCCUGAGUCGCGCCCGGGCUGGGAAGGAAGUGAAGGGACAGAAAAAAAAAAAAAAAGGAUCCUCUGACUUUCUUCUCGGGUUUUUUUUUUUCGUUUCUGUUUCUCAAGCGUGUCCAGCUCUUGCGGCAGAAGGUGUCAGGGGGGAAUGAAACAAGCGCGAACAACGUCAGCCUGGUAAAACAGGUGCUGAAAGGGCCGGGGGGGGUUGGUGUGAGCCUCCACCCUCCGCUGCCGGGAUGUUUCCAUCCGGCUGACACAGCCCCGGCACCCCCGGGAACCACGAGCCCACCCCACAGCCCGAGCGUGGGGCUGAGCUGCCUCCACCCCGCAGCUCUCGGGUUAAAUCGUUCCUCCUAACCAAAACUGCGUCCAACACCAUUUUCCAGCAGUCGGGGGAGCAGACGAUGUUAUUUUACACCUCUGCCGGUAUCAGUUACUCCGCUGAGUGACUGGUUCUGCUGAGCACAGCCUCCGCCGUGGCUCGGCACCCCACGGGGACACGCCACAGCCACGGGUGUGCUGCUGACAGGUUCCAUCACACCUCGGGGAUUUACAGGUCCCCGAGGUGAUGGGCACGGGCAGCUCCAGCCCCGGAGCUCAUUCCCACUCCUCAGCCAGCUCUGCUGGUCGCUCCCGGCUCUGCUUUCACGGCUGACAGAGCGGACACUUGUUUACUGACAUUUUAAAAACUUCAAUAAACCUUUAAGCAGCAGAGGUUCAUUUCUUAGUGCCAAAAGCUCCUUCCCUGAGCCUGCCCUGCCCACUCUUGGGGUGUAAUUCAUCAGUAAACGAAGAACUGAGCGAGACAGACACACCAAGGCACUGCAGAAUGCUCCAAACCCGUUCUAGACCAAAAUAACCAAGCCAGGAGCAGAAUAAAUCCGGCUCCCAACCAGUAGCAGUGCUUUUCCCAUCUGUUUUCCCAGAUGACGUGGUUUCCAGAGCUCCUCCAAGCUCAGAGACUUGCCCUGCACCAGCACAGCUCCUCAACAUCCAGACACAGCGCAGUGGGAUUCCCAUCUCCCAAGCCAGCAGCUCCAGGGCAGCACAGUGGGACAGGGGUCAAUGAUGGAGUGUGAAGGGACAAUUCAAGAGUAUCCUUAGAUGAAUCCAUUACCCAAUCCAGUUCUGGAAAAUAAGAUUUUUUGGAUGGCUCCAGGAGGUAUCUCUCUGCGGAUUCCUUUAAGAACCUGCCUUUGCCUGCCCUCAAGCCAGGACAUCAUCAUUAUUUAAAUAUUUUAUUCAUUUAUUGACAAUUCUUUGGUCUUGAAAGCUAAGCCAUUGAAAAGCAAGCUUGUCACAAAACUGGAAAUUGAUAAAGACAACCACAAUGUCCUAAAAAUGUCGGACUUAAAAAUGUCGGGGCAGCAGUGGAACCUUCUCUUUGUU